AUGUCUUUAUGUAACGAAUCUAUAAACAAUCUCCCCAUCAUGACGUCGAGCGUUCCUGACAUGGUAGCGACGCUGGGUCGUCCAAUUCGCGUCUUUACGUACGGAGCUGCGACGCCUGCGACUCCUGCGACGGUUGAAAGCGACGCAGCUGCGACGGCAGGCGACGGGGAAAGAGAACGAGGCCUAGCGGCGACGGCGGAGGGAGGCUCGCAAGCGGCGGAUGCGGGAAAGGAAGUUGGUGAUGACUUUUAUGAGUUCACGCCCGCGGAUUAUUCGAGAUUGAUGGCGGGAAAGAAAGAAGAGCGCUUUCUCAAGACCAAAGCCAUCCGGGACCUAGAGCAGCAACAACGGAAGGCACAGUUUAAACAGGCGAUCAUCAAAGUUCGUUUUCCGGACAACACAGUGGUUGAGGCGGCCUUUUCCCCCACAGAUGCUGUAGCAGCAGUGCGGCAGUUGGUGCGCAAGUGCCUGCUACAGCCGGACCUGCCAUUCUUCUUCUACACGACACCACCAAAGCGAAGGAUCAAGAACGAGGACGAGGAUCUGUACAGUGCGCAGCUCACUCCAGGAGCACUGCUGCACGUGGCAGUUGAAUCCUCUGCAGCAGCAGAGGCCACGUCCGACUCCUCACCAGCAUCCCUCUUACACCCGGAUAUUCUUGCACUAAAGGACGUUCCCUCGCAACCAGAGCUGUCCUCUGUAGAGUUGACUGAAGGGUCACUUGAGAAAAAGGACGAGAAGGGCAAAGGAGAGGCGAAGCAACAAGGGCCGGCUGCAGGGACGGGUGGUGCUGUGCCAGGGUCUUCCAGAGCAGGGCUUUCCUCUAAGCCGAAGUGGUUCAAGCGGUGA